CUGCGCUCUGGGUUGCUCCUUCCUCGGGAGUGUGCUUCUACAGUGAUUACACGCUCCCUGCCCGGGCUACCCACGCACCCUGAGCUCGUACGGGUAGAGUCGGACCCGCGCACACGCGUGUCUCUGGACAGUUACGGCGCUGAGAGGCCAGGAGGGAGGGGGGAAAGGCUCGACGUUUCUUUCCGGCCAGGGGGCCCUGGGGCACCCAGGCGAGGGCCACGGAGGAGGAGGGGACAGUCCCGGCUCCCAGCUGCUGUCGCCGCCGCCGUCACAGUUUUAAGAGGGAUGGCAAAUUCUAUGAAUGGCAGAAACCCUGGUGGUCGAGGAGGAAACCCCCGAAAAGGACGAAUUUUGGGUAUUAUUGAUGCUAUUCAAGAUGCUGUUGGACCCCCUAAGCAAGCAGCAGCAGAUCGGAGGACUGUGGAGAAAACUUGGAAACUCAUGGACAAAGUGGUCAGAUUGUGCCAAAAUCCCAAACUUCAGUUGAAAAAUAGCCCACCGUAUAUACUUGAUAUUUUACCUGAUACAUAUCAGCAUUUGCGACUUAUAUUGAGUAAAUAUGAUGACAACCAGAAACUUGCCCAACUCAGUGAGAAUGAAUAUUUUAAAAUCUACAUUGAUAGUCUAAUGAAAAAGUCAAAACGGGCAAUAAGACUCUUUAAAGAAGGCAAAGAGAGAAUGUAUGAAGAACAGUCGCAGGACAGGCGAAAUCUCACAAAACUGUCCCUUAUCUUCAGUCACAUGCUGGCAGAAAUCAAAGCAAUCUUUCCCAAUGGGCAGUUCCAGGGAGAUAACUUUCGUAUCACGAAAGCAGAUGCUGCUGAAUUCUGGAGAAAGUUUUUUGGAGACAAAACUAUUGUACCAUGGAAAAUAUUCAGACAGUGCCUUCAUGAGGUCCAUCAAAUUAGCUCCGGCCUGGAAGCAAUGGCUCUAAAAUCAACAAUCGAUUUAACUUGUAAUGAUUAUAUUUCGGUUUUUGAAUUUGAUAUUUUUACUAGGCUAUUUCAGCCAUGGGGCUCUAUUUUGCGGAAUUGGAAUUUCUUAGCUGUAACGCAUCCAGGUUACAUGGCAUUUCUCACGUACGAUGAAGUUAAAGCACGACUGCAGAAGUACAGCACCAAACCUGGAAGCUACAUUUUCCGGUUAAGCUGCACUAGAUUGGGACAGUGGGCCAUUGGUUAUGUGACAGGCGAUGGCAAUAUCUUACAGACCAUACCUCAUAACAAGCCCUUAUUUCAAGCCCUGAUUGAUGGCAGCAGGGAAGGAUUCUACCUUUAUCCUGAUGGGAGGAGUUAUAAUCCUGAUUUAACUGGAUUAUGUGAACCUACACCCCAUGAUCAUAUAAAAGUCACACAGGAACAAUAUGAAUUAUAUUGUGAAAUGGGCUCCACUUUUCAGCUCUGUAAAAUUUGUGCUGAGAACGACAAAGAUGUCAAGAUUGAGCCUUGCGGGCAUUUGAUGUGCACCUCUUGCCUUACAGCAUGGCAGGAGUCAGACGGCCAGGGCUGCCCCUUCUGUCGCUGUGAAAUAAAAGGAACAGAGCCCAUAAUCGUAGACCCCUUUGACCCAAGAGACGAAGGCUCCAGGUGCUGUAGCAUCAUUGACCCCUUUGGAAUGCCAAUGCUGGACUUGGAUGACGACGACGACCGAGAGGAGUCCUUGAUGAUGAAUCGGUUGGCAAAUGUUCGAAAGUGCACUGACAGGCAGAAUUCACCAGUCACAUCACCAGGGUCCUCCCCUCUGGCACAGAGAAGAAAGCCACAGCCGGACCCUCUCCAGAUCCCACAUCUGAGCCUGCCACCCGUGCCUCCUCGCCUGGACCUAAUUCAGAAAGGCAUAGUUCGGUCUCCCUGUGGCAGCCCAACUGGUUCACCAAAGUCUUCUCCUUGCAUGGUGAGAAAACAAGAUAAACCACUCCCAGCACCACCUCCUCCCUUAAGAGAUCCUCCUCCCCCUCCACCUGAAAGACCUCCCCCUAUCCCACCUGACAAUAGACUGAGCCGUCACUUCCAUCAUGUGGAUAGUGUGCCUUCCAGAGACCAGCCAAUGCCUCUUGAAGCCUGGUGCCCUCGAGAUAUAUUUGGGACUAAUCAGUCAGUGGGAUGUCGCCUCCUAGGAGAUGGCUCUCCGAAGCCUGGAAUCACAGCAAGUUCAAAUGUAAACGGAAGACACAGUAGAAUGGGCUCUGACCCAGUGCUUAUGCGGAAACACAGACGCCAUGAUUUGCCUUUAGAAGGAGCCAAGGUCCUUUCCAAUGGUCACCUGGGAAGUGAAGAAUAUGAUAUUCCUCCACGGCUUUCUCCUCCUCCUCUAGCUACCGCCCUUCUUCCUAGCAUCAGGUGUACUGGUCCAUUAGCAAAUUCUCUUUCAGAGAAAACAAGAGACUCAGUAGAGGAAGCUGAUGAUGAAUACAAGAUUCCUUCAUCCCAUCCUGUUUCCCUGAAUUCACAACCAUCUCAUUGUCAUAAUAUAAAAACUCCUCUUAGGUCUUGUGACAAUGGCCAUUGUAUAUUGAAUGGAACACAUGGUACAUCUUCAGAGAUGAAGAAAUCAAACAUCCCUGAGUUAGGCAUCUAUGUAAAAGGAGAUGUUUUUGAUUCAGCCUCUGAUCCAGUGCCAUUACCACCUGCCAGGCCUCCAACUCGGGACAAUCCAAAGCAUGGUUCUUCACUCAACAGGACGCCCUCUGAUUAUGAUCUUCUCAUCCCUCCAUUAGGUGAAGAUGCUUUUGACGCCCUUCCCCCAUCCCUUCCACCUCCCCCACCUCCUGCAAGGCAUAGUCUCAUUGAACAUUCAAAACCUCCUGGCUCCGGUAGCCGGCCAUCCUCAGGACAGGACCUUUUCCUUCUUCCUUCAGAUCCUUUUUUUGAUCCAGCAAGUGGCCAAGUUCCUUUGCCUCCUGCAAGGAGAUUACCAGGUGAAAAUGUCAAAUCCAACAGAACAUCACAAGACUAUGAUCAGCUGCCUUCAUCUUCAGAUGGUUCACAAGCACCAGCCAGACCUCCUAAACCACGACCCCGUAGGACUGCACCAGAAAUUCACCACAGAAAACCCCAUGGGCCGGAGGCAGCAUUGGAAAAUGUCGAUGCAAAAAUUGCAAAACUAAUGGGAGAGGGUUAUGCCUUUGAAGAGGUGAAGAGAGCCUUAGAAAUAGCCCAGAAUAAUGUUGAAGUGGCCCGUAGUAUCCUCCGAGAAUUUGCCUUACCCCCUCCAGUCUCCCCUCGUCUGAAUCUAUAGCAGCCAGGAGUGUAAACACCCAAAUGUAAAGCAGUCGACGAAUAUUCCAGGAGUAUGGAAAGGAGAGGAAUGCGGUGGAAUUCAAGAGAGAAGGUGUCCUUCUCACUUGGCAUCUUGAGAAGAGAGGCUUGGAAAUGCUGCUUCUCAGAAGACAGCUGCUUGCUCAGGAUGUCAACGGCUGCAGCUUCCUUAUUUUUGCUAGCCAUACUUUUAAAUCAGGGUUGAACUGACAAAAAUAAUUUAAAGACGUUUACUUCCCUUGAACUUUGAAUCUGUGAAAUGCUUUUCCUUGUUUACAAGUUGGCGAAGUUGCAGUUUUAGUUUUGUUUUGGGUUUUUUGUUCUGUUUUUGAUACCUGUACUGUGUUCUUGACGGACCUUUUGUAGAGCAGUGAGGUCUGCUGUAACAUUUCCCACCAACUCCCUUGCUGUCCACAUCAGCAGUUAAAUCACAUAUUCAUUUUGAUCUCUCCCAUCACACCACCCACCCCACUGCCCAGGUCCAAUUCCAUUUCUCCCAUUUACAAGAUGCUUUAAAGGUUCUGAUUUUCAGUGUAUCAAACUAAUGCAAAAAAAAAAAAAAAAAAGUGUGGCCUUCACUACUGAGUCUUUUUUUGGAAACCAUCACUGUUGAGAGAUGCGGAGAAUCUGAAUGUAUAAAGCAUUUUUUUUUUUUUUUUUGUCAGUGAGCUGCCUUUUAUAAGGGGUUUUCAUAUAGUAUAGAGAAGCUUCCCUUUUUAGUGUAAGUUUGGGGAUCUUUAGUCUUGCAUAUUCUCAUCUUUGUCAUCCCAGGGGUGUCACGACUCUGUAAAAGCCUAAAAUAUUAGAAAACAACUACUGCAGAUGUGGGAGAAAUAUACUUGCACGUGACAAUGCCGUUUUGAAGUUAUAUUAUAAGGUCCCUUGAUAUGUAUGCCUGCAUUACUUUGAGGCAUGCUGAAUAAGAGGCCUAUCUCCCUGAAAUAUAUUAAUCAUUUCCAGAUAAAAUUAUGGUUAUACCUCUCCCAAAGUAGAAUAGAGUUCAUUUCCUAUUUGAGUGAUUAUUCUCUGGUAUCUAACAGGUUUAGGAACCAGUUCAUAUUGCAGUGGAAACAUUAAAUCUUUGAUGCACUGUUAAGUGCUAAUGCUACUGUGGCAAUGUUUGUUUUUGCAAAAUUAUUAAUUUCCUCUCUGCAAUCAAAUUACAGUUCAUAUUUAAUUUUUAGAUUCUCUGAUUACUUCACAUAGUUCCAUCUAGUUAGGUGAAAUAAAUUUAUAUAGUUUUGCCGCUUUUGCAAAAUGGAGGUUGGUUCUUCAGAAACUGUGUUAAUACUUUUAAUAAAUCUACAAAUAUUUAUUGAGCAUCUGUGAUGUGCUCAGCGCUGUUUCUAAAGCACAAACUGUCACGAGCUGAUUUCACUAUAAUGUUUUGUUAUUCUUUAUCUGUGCUUUUGAUGGUAAAAGUCUCUGAUGGACAAAGCCUGGAAGGUUUUCACCAAAGCUUCAGAAUUUUCAGGCAAUUUUUUUUUCUUUUCUUUCCUAAUGAGAAGUUAGUAGAGAAAUGAGACAAAACCAAGUCUGUGUAAAAUGUUUGAACCCACAGAAGCUGUUCUAAAUGUGAACUAAUUGCAGGGUUGUACAUGUUUCUGCCACUCCUUUCUUAACUUCACAUACAGUGUGAUGUAAAAAGAAACAUCUGAUCGUGAGCCUUUCUUCGGAACUGGAAAAGACAUGACCAAACAUCUAGCUGAUCCCUUGGAAAGUAAUGCUGUUCAAGACUUGUGUAGUUGCUAAGUUGACCUGAGAAGGGAACGAAUGCGUUCCUUUGCAAAGUGACAUGUGCCCUUACGUGACAGUUUCACUAUAGUGAUAUGAGGUACUUGAGUCACAGGUAUUGGAUAGUUUCUUCAGGUGAUUGAGCUGGUCAAUGUCCCUGGAAGGGAAAUUUUAAAUUGCCUUAUAUGAGUACAGUUUUUCACACUUUUAAAAAUCAUGUCAGCUAACUCUCCAUUGCUCUAUGAACAUGUUAUGUCAUCAUGGUAUUUCACUUGAGUUACCAGUUUCUGAUGUCAUGUUGGAAAAGCACUGUAUAUUUUGGCUUUUUUAUGACUUGCUGAUCACAGGUACAGUCUAAAAAACAAGUUGCCACUCCAUGGCGAUAACAGUGUUAUGACAGUCUUAAUAGAUUAGAGAAUGAUGUAAAAUACAAGUGUUAGAAAACAGUACAUUCACAGUUUUCAAAAAAUGUGUGAAAAUUUCCAGUGAGAUUUAGAGACUGAUGACAACAUAGUAAAUUUAGACCUAAAAAAAGUUUUUUAAAUCUAUUUUGCAAAGAAAACUUACUAGCCUCCACAAAAAUCUCUUUAUAUCUUUUACUCAAUUGCAGCCAUUAUUUUUAUCGUUAAAAAGAAUGAAUCAAAAACUUGUACAGAAUGAAAUGGAAAGAGGGAAUUUCUAUCAAACACUUAUGAAAAACCCAUUGCUACUUAUUACCUAUGGCUUAUUAAAGAAAAAUUUUUUGAGAAAAUAACUAAAAUAUUUUUAAUUAUAAAAGUGACUGUCCAUUAAUGGUGGAAAUGAUCCAGACUUGGUUUCACUGUGAUCCAAAAAGUUAGACAUUCCUCCCAUCUCUCAAGACUUGGCAAUAUGAUGAUUUUUUAAGCCAGUACGCUAUAUAACCCCUAAUAAUUAAAAAAAAAAAUCACGGUCAACAUUAACCUGCUCUCUCCCAUCCCCUACAAGUCCUGGGGGUGGAAGUACUUAUCUUCAAUGAUAGUCAAGUAAAUUAAUCUCCAUAAACAUUUCCCCCCCUUGAUGUCUAUGAUAUCCUAGCCAAAUCUUCUGGAAUUGAAUUGGACUAGUGCUUAUGGUUAAUUUGAACUUCCUUCCACAAAGAUGACCUUUAGCCUUUCCCUAUCCAUUUCCCAUUGUGCACAUUGCAAAUAGCCUUAAUAAUAGAGCCCUAAUUACAACUUCAGAGGGCCCAUUUGUUAACAUUUCAGACAAGAAUACUUGCAAAGAUUUCUCAUAAUGUGAAUUUUUUCUUUUUCAGUUCCAGAAGCAUUUCUUACAGUUCAGACAUUAUUUUUCCUCUCACAUUUUCGACUUGAAGCUUAAAUUUGCACUGAAUUAUCUAACCUGGUUACAAUUUUAAUUAUUUCUCUUAAGCUGACAGAUUUGGAAGCAAAUUACAGUAUGUUUUCCACAAUACAGGUACUGCCUGUUAACCUGGAUUUUAGCGCUUCUAGCAAAAGUUUCCAGAAAAAGACAGCAGUAGAGUGAAGGGUUUUCUUCCCCAUUACUAUUUUUAUUUUUUAAAUGCCUUUUUAAAACUUGUCUAAUGUGGCAAAAUAGUUAUGUGGUCAAUUAAUUUAUAUUUUAUUCAUCCUUUUUCAAUUAUGGUUAUUAUGUAAACUCAAGUACUUUAUCUGUUCUUUUAAGGUAUUUUAUAAAAUGAAUGUUAACUAAA